AUGAUGCUGUGGUGGUGCACCAACAUCUACUGCAGGUUGGCUGCAGCAUGGUUUCCCCUGCUCUUCUUAUCGCUGCUAUACCAAACGAUCUCCUCCACCCAUGCCAUCCCAUUGUGCCCACGGAGCUGCAGCUGUCCAGGCGUUAAAGAGGUCCACUGUACGUUCAGACACCUCACCACCAUACCAAAAACCUUUCCUAAAGACACAGAGAGGCUCAACUUGGGUUAUAACAGCCUGACAGAGGUGGAGGGGUCAGAAUUCAGCUCACUACGACAACUGGAAAUGCUCAUGUUGCAUGGCAACGACAUUAGCACAGUCCAUCCUGGAGCGUUUUACAGCCUGAGAUCACUACAGAUCUUGAAGUUGAGUUACAACAAGCUAACAACGGUGAACCCUGGUCUGUUUGAGGGCCUUGCUGGUUUGAUCCGUCUCCAUCUGGACCACAACCUCAUCGACUUUAUAGAGCCAUACUCCUUCUCUGGCAUGACCUCCCUAAAACUGCUGCAGCUGGAGGGGAACCUUCUCAAAGAUAUCCACCCUCAUACCUUCAUAACAGUGUCACUACUGGGAAGCUUUUGGACCUCAGGACUCAAACACUUACACCUGUCAGACAAUCUGUUGGAGCAGCUCCCUGCCGCAGCACUUAAGACAGCUCCCAGGCUUGAGCUCCUCUCUCUACAUGGUAAUCCCUGGACCUGUGACUGUCAGCUCCACUGGUUGGUAGAAUGGAGCUCCACACACGAAGGUGUAAUAAAGUGCAAGAAGGAACGUGGUUCCAGUGAGACUUGCCCCCAGUGCUCCUCUCCUCAACCCCUGAAUGGGACCCUUUUUCUGGGACUGACUCCAGACAAGCUUACAUGUGAACGACCAGUUCUUCAUUCCCCCCUUAAACAGUGGGACAAUCCUGUGUGGGCUGAAUCUGAAGCUGAGCCUGACCACCCGUACACCCGUGACUUUGAAAAGCCUUUAGGCCAUCUGACCUUCGUUCUCUCUGACAGCCAUGGGAACAGUGCUCAUGUAGCAUGUGAUGUGCGCCACCCUGGAGACAGUUCACCCAUGACCUGGACAGUAAAUCCACCUGGGGAGUUGUCUGUCAAUGUGUCACUGGUGACUGCCCUUGAGUGUGAGAUUGAUCGGGAGACGUUACAAAGUCUGUGGCAAUUGGUGGCAUAUUACUAUGAAAGCCCUGCUAUCUUGGAGAGAGGUCAACAGAGAGGAAAUGCAAGCAGAGUAACCUAUCAAUAUGCCCAAGCCGUAAAUGAAAAUUCCCCAUAUUUCACAGAUUUAAAAGGGUAUUUGGUAGCAGAACCCUCGUGGUUGCUUCAACCCAGAGUCACUUUGAGGCUCAACAGACAGCAGACAACAACCAAGAAACUGGUAAUGGAUUUCACUACUCUAAUUACCAAGCUAAUCAACCGAAAUAGAGGGCAGAAAGAUGACAAUGACGACAGCAUAUCCUGGGCUCUAAUUCGCAGAGGGAAAGCAGGGCGGGUUCAGACUGCUCUCGAGGGUUCAAAGGUUCACUUGGAGUGCAGUGUCAUCACUUCAGAUCCGGAGGUGAAAGUGGAGUGGAUGCAUCCAGAUUUGUCCUUUGUGGAGGAUACAACUGAUAAAAUUGAAUUUUCUGAAAGAGGAGAACUUGUGAUUUUAAAUGCUACACUGUCUGACUCAGGCCUGUACCACUGUAUGUCUAGAACCAAAGCUGGAGUGGACUUGAUGCCUUUGAGGCUCACCAUCAAACAAAGUUCACUCAGUCCCACAGCUUUCAAUGGUAAGAAAGUUGUAGUUGAAAAGGGACACUCUUUUUCUCUACCUUGUGAGGUGACCUCAGUCCAGCCCAGUCAAACUAUGUGGUACCUACCCAAAAACCAAAUUCUUCUCCCCACACAACAGACAAGACGGGCAGAAGUGAUGGAAAAUGGGACUUUGGUGGUAAGGAGGUUGACACAAGAAGAUGCAGGGGAAUACAGCUGCUUGGCCUCAAAUCUCUAUGGAGUUGACAUGCUGUCACACAUGGUGGAAGUCACAGGAGAAAAGGCCACUGACAGGUCUAAAGUACUGACUGGGAGAGAGCAGCAGAUCAUUCCAGUUGGCAUGGAAGAAGUAGAGGGUUCAGGGGGAGAUUACCAGGAAAUUAUACGUCCUUCUGCAACACAGUUCCCUAAGAAGGUAGGAACACAGCAAAGGAAUCCUAAUGGCUUUUCAAAAAGGAUAAGAAUCAAAGAUUCAAAGAGAAAAUCCAACAAAUCUGUUAAAGAGUUAGAUCCAAAUCGUUGGGCAGAGAUAUUGGCUAAAGCUAAGGCUAAACCAAGUGUUGCUCUGCCCACAGAGCAGUCACUACCAAAGCCCAGCACUGUAACAUUCCAAACAAGUACCUCCAAACAUACUACUACAAUUCCUUCUACAACUGCUUCUACAACUAGCCCUCCUGAUAUUAGGAUAGAGCCAACAAAUUUCCAAAUCAACACAAAAGCUAAGACUGAGGCCUAUUUUAAGGAGAAGAAAGGGGAUAACAAAAAAGAGUCAGAAACCUCAGAAAGUGUGCCACAGGUUUUACACCCUCAGCCUCCGAGAAGUACAGAACCAACCCCACACCACAUUAGCGGGUUCACAGAAAAAGCAGAAGCUAUCACAGACCCUCCUUCUGUUGGAACUGCUCAGCCAGUCGAUCAGUCAGAAAAUAAGCACUCUGGAGAGGGGAUAAAGAACUUCAACCUCGUUCCUGGUCGGCCAAACAGGAGAAGGCUACCUUAUAGACGUAGAAAACCCCCAGUGAGAGUCCAUCCGCACGUACACCCCUUCAACCAUUCAUCAAACAAGCCCCAAACAACUGUUCGCCCAACAACAACCACAACACCAACAACAACAAUGACCACAACCACAACACCAACAACAACAAUGACCACAACCACAACUACUACUACUACAACACCUGUUCCAACCAAAGUGGAAAACCAUGAAACCCUAUCUGCUGAGUAUCAGACGGAGGAAGAUGAAAGUGAAUACAAUACAGAAUAUGAUUACAAUGAUAGCGAUAGUUUGGAAGCCAAAGAAAAUUUAACUAGUGAAACCUCUCAUACCACUAAUGAUCUUGACAGUAGCCAUACCACAUUUCCAUCAGCUAGAGAACAUGUAGGUAACUCUACAGGUAGACAGAAUUUACCUUAUCCAAAGACGACUGUGACUCCUAAGUUAGAUAGUACCCCUUGUACAAAUGAAAGGACUGUUGAAGAAAAGGAGAAAGACACUGUAAAUCUAAUGAAAUCAGAAAGACAGAGGGUUGAGAUAAAAACACAAAUUGAAGAAAAUGGCAACAAAACAUUUGCUGGAGAAAGUGAGAGGGAGGUAAUGCCAGCAAUAGGAAGGAAAGAAAACCAUCAAAUAGAUACAGAAGGCAGUGAGAAAGACACAGAAAAAUCUAAAAAGGAGCGGGUUACACAGAGCAACAAAGCGCAGCAUAGCAUCCAGUUAACAACACAAAAUAGACCAAGACCUGACACUCAACCUUCAGUAGAGCAAAAUACACCAACCCAAGCAAGAACUCCAUCUUCCAGGGUCAUUACCUCACAUUCAACAAGAGGCAGAACAAGAGAGGAAGUCACACAGAAAGAGAAUAAAGAGGUAAACAAGCCAAAAGCGAUGCCUGAGAUCACAGAUCACAGUUUCCCAAUAAUGGAGCCAGUUCACCCUUGGCUCCAUCAGAACAAACAGGGAGGAGGGCAAACUAGUACUUCCACGAUGACACACACAAACCAAAACAGAAAUACAGGAAGAGAAGAUGAAGUGAAUCCAGGCAGGCAUUCCCAGCCUCACAGAGUCCCUCCGAUGUCCCACUGGCCUUCUCUCCAUCAUCAUCACUACCCUCACUACCCUUCCUGGCCAAGUCAAAGGUCAUUUCCUCAUCCAAGGCAAGGUGCUGUGUCACACCCAGCGCCCACCCAUCGACCCUGGCCUCUCCCCCACCCCUGGGCUAAAAGCCUGGUUGUCACCAACCGACCAGAGAUCACAGCUGAAACAGUGAAGCCCACACCUACCAUUUCUGGAAUAACAGAAAACUCCAGAUCUAAUCCCGAUCUGUCACUUAAUCAUCAUCAUCAACAACAAAAUCAUCAUGUGGAUGGCAGGACCCAAUCCAGAGAUCAACUGUUUCUGUCAAGGCUGAGGAACAGAUACAGACAGGCACAACUUGAUCGCAUUGCUCAGCUGGGGAGGAUGGUGACACCUAAACCUCGCACUAGCCACCACAACCCUCCUUCCCCCAUCACACCUAAACCAUAUAGCCCCUACACCGCCAAACUUCCAGCACCCUCUGCUUCUUACACUUACACCCUGCAGCCACCGAACCCUGUUAAACCUUCAUCAUCAUCAUUCUCUGGUCUCAUCCCGACCCCUCAUUCUUACCAACCCACCACCCCUGGGGUUCAGUAUGGAGGUCGGUGGCCUGGAGCAGGACGAAUCAGCUCUCAGCGGCCCACAGCUUCACCUCCUUUCCCAUGGGUGUUUGGAGCAGAAAGUGGUGGAGUGAAGCCCCUUAUUACUACUGUAACCACAGCUAGUGUGUCAGUACUGGCGGAGAGUGACGUGUUCCUGCCCUGCAAAGCAACAGGGAAUCCUGAACCCAGCAUUGCGUGGACCAAAGUCUCCACAGGUGCUACCAUUCCAGCCAACACCAGACAUGGUCCCCGUUUUGAAGUCUUCAAAAAUGGAACAUUUGUUAUUAAAAACAUCCAGCUUCAGGACAGAGGCCAGUACCUCUGCGCGGCACAGAACAGGUUUGGAUCAGAUCGCUUGGUCAUCACCUUAGCUGUCCAGACUCAGGCACCCAAGAUCCAACUACCCAAGUCUACAGAGAUAGCAGUUUACCUAGGGAAAAGUGUGACUCUUGACUGCCUUGCUUCAGGAAAACCUCUUGCCCAAAUCUCCUGGAUUCUUCCGGACAGGACGUUUGUACGUGAGGUCGGGAUUGUUCACACGCUCCUUUCUCCAGUUUCUCUGCUUCAAAAUGGAACCCUGCAAAUUCACUCUCCCAAUUUCUCCAGCAAAGGGGACUAUAAAUGUAUUGCAAGCAACGCAGCAGGUGCUGACACAGUCACUUAUCAUCUUCAUGUCGCAGCUCUGCCUCCAAGCAUCAGUGAAGGAGCAAUGGAUACUGUGAUCAUUCAGCCAGGCAGGAGUGUGUAUGUCCACUGCUCUGUGAGGGGCGAACCGGUGCCCACUCUGAAAUGGAUGCUCCCAGCAGGCGUCCAUGUAAAGCCAUCACAGUUUCUUGGACGUGGGUUGUUUGUCUUCCCCAAUGGGACGCUGUAUGUGAAGAAUGUUUUGCCAGCUGAUGGUGGGAGGUAUGAGUGUUUGGCUACUAAUGCCGUGGGCAUUGCCAAAAGAACUGUCCUGCUGGAGGUGAGGGCAGAUCACCCCUCCUUCUCUCACCAGCCUCCUCCUCUUCCCAUCCCCCCAACCCACCGCCAAGGUGUGCCAUCCCGCCAGCACUCUGUCUCAGCUAUGUAUGGGUCUGCUGUCUACCUCCACUGUCCAGAGUCUACCGGAUCCACAAGAGGGACCAUUUGGCAGCUACCCUCCAAGACUAUCAUGGAACAUCGAUACAGUCCAGAGAGACCAAUUAAAGUCUUCCAUAAUGGGACUCUGAGGAUACUUCAACUAACAGAGCUUGAUGGCGGAAAUUAUCUGUGUGUCUUUCAGCGGCCCAAUGGGGAAGACAUGGAGCUCUUCCAGGUGGAAGUGUUAAUGACCCCUCCCAGAAUCGAACACAUGAAGACUGCACAGACCAGGGUCACCUUUGGAGAAAAUUUCCAGGUGGACUGUGUUGCAACAGGCCUCCCUGAUCCAGAAGUUUCCUGGAGUCUGCCAGAUGGAACUUUAAUCAACAAUGCCCUUCAGUCAGACGACAGUGGCCUUCGCAGCCGCCGCUAUGUUAUUUUUGGUAAUGGAACUUUACUUCUCCAGCAAAUGGGCAAAAAAGACGAGGGUGACUACACUUGUUACGCUAAGAACAAACUGGGCAAAGACGAAAGAAAAGUGAGCGUCAAAGUGGGGCCGAAUGCUCCAAAAAUUAGAUUGAAAUCGCAAUCACUGGUGACAGCUAAGAUAGGAGAAUCAGCAAAAUUGAGCUGUCAGGCAACAGGUGAACCUACACCAAAAAUCAUGUGGAUCUCACCAAGAAAUGAUGUGAUAUCGAUGAUAUCAGACAAAUUUCAGAUCAUGGACGAUGGAAUGUUAGUGGUGAAAAAAGUAAUACUGGCUGAUGAAGGAAAAUAUGCAUGUGUGGCACGAAAUUCUGCUGGUGAUGACGUUAAAAACAUGAUACUUGAAGUUGAACCCCAGGAACCCUUCAUCAAUGGCAUGAAAGGGAAGAGCACCACAAAGGUUUUGGCUGUUUCCUACCAAACAGCACUAUUGGAUUGCAGAGUGGAAGGGAAACCUGAACCAAGAGUCUGGUGGAUUACUCCCUAUGGCCAUUCGCUCCCAACACCCUACCUGGGAGGUCGCUUCCAAGUCCAUCGGAACGGGAGCCUGGAGCUGAGAGGGGUGAGGAAAACAGAUGAAGGGAGGUACAUGUGUCUGGCUAAAAACAAUCUGGGUGAAGCCUCACUUUUGAUUGAAUUAGACGUAGCAUCACUAGCUGAGAAACCAAGUUUUGCUCUUCCUAAUAUUGAAAUCUUACCAAUAAAGCAAGAUAGUGGGGCACUGAUGCUGGAGUGCCCCGCUCGUGGCAAGCCGAACCCAGAAUUUGCAUGGAUUCUACCCAAUGGGACAAUGUUGACGGCUGGUGUUAGACUUCAACGCUUCACACAUCAUCUGGGUAAUGGAACUCUACAGAUCUUUCAACCAGUUGCAAGUGAUAAGGGAGUGUACCGGUGCCUAGCAAAAAAUGUGGCAGGACAAGCAGAGAAACGUUAUGCGCUGGAGGCGGGCAGAAAGCCAGUGAUGAGAGGAUCUACAGGUGGGAUGCAGAUCACUUAUGGCCUCAAUCUCAACUUGCCCUGCACUGUGGAUGGCUGGCCGCAGGCGUCAGUCACAUGGACCCUACCUAAUGGUCUUGUUUUGGACAAACCUCAAACCAUUGGCCGUGUCUCUUUUCUUGCGAACGGGACCCUCCAACUAAGGCAGGUUGCCACCUUUGACAAAGGAACAUACAUCUGCAAAGCCUCCAACUCCUUUGGCUCGUCAACACUAUCCUACCCAGUUGCAGUGAUGGUUUUCCCCCCACGUAUCACCAAUACGCUGAACGCAAUUACUAGAGUCAACCGGGGAUCACCAGUGACAUUAAAUUGUGUUGGGACUGGUAUUCCAAAGCCAGAUAUUUCAUGGACAUUACCUGGACGCACAACGCUGCUUCCACAUAAUCGGUUCACAGCGCAGAGAGGGAUUCAUAUGACAGAGGAGGGCAGUCUGGUCAUACAGAACCCCAUGCUAAUGAACUCUGGCAUUUACAAAUGCAACGCUAAAAACACACUCGGAACAGACUUUAAAUCUACUUACCUACAAGUGGUCUGAGUGAGUUAUGAUUAUUCUAUUUUGAAAAAAGACCGGAUGAGGAUUUUUUUUAUCAGGAUUUGAAUAUACUACAUAAUAAAGAUAUUCAGAUAAGAAAGACUUUAAACUGCCUGUCUGGUGGGUUGGCUUGAGAUACCUUGCAAAGCACUUUCCACUGAACAAUGAAGUUUCAAAUGUGGACUUCACAGUUAACAUUCAUCUUUUGUGAUUUUUAACUGCAGUUUUUGUUUUUGUUUGUUUUACUGUUCAAGUGUUGCAGAAGUCUUUUAAUUCUACAUUUCUGACUUUAAAAUGCAUUUUGCCUGCUUAAAGCAUCGCCUUUCCAGCCUUACCCUGUAGAUGUAAUAUCAUAGUUCCCAUGCAUUAUAGUUUGUAAAAUGUUACCUCACCGCACAAUUUUACUUUAACAUGACAUUGCUUGUUUUGCAACUGAAAUAACUCUCCUCUGGACUGAUAUAUGUAAAUGUAAUGUGCACCCCUUAUAUGAUUAUUACUGUCUGUGUACUGGUAGACACUUUACCAAACACCUUGGGGACUUUUCCCUGUGAACAGUAAGCAGUAAUGAGUAGUGGAUACAGUGUCAUACAUGUGGCUAUAUCAUCAA